AUGCAGCUAUUCCUGUCGCUAUCCAAUGGUCCUGUCGUUCUCGCAGCGGGCGAUUGUAGAGACACGCUGGAGGAUGUUUGUCAUGUUUGCACCGAGGACAGUCUCGACCUUUUCCCUGAUGACGAGACAUCCCGACAGUUGAUACCAGAGAGAAGGCUGCUACACUGCCAGGUUUAUACGGUUAUGCUCCCCGGAAUACUCUGCCUUAUAACUACCGGAUAUUUUUCUCAAUCUGAUGCCUGGAUGCUCUUAACUCUCUUAAUUCCUUGUCUGCUCAAAGCAAGCAAGCCCGUGUCUUCGCGCGGUGGUCCGAUUCCUCCCUCUCCAGGUUUAACCAACUUUCCCACUGCUAUCUCUUCCCUUCGUCCGUCUCGGGUCCCCGGAUACCACAGCUAA